GUCAGAGGUACCCUCUCGAGAUCUCAACGGGGAUAUAGGUAAUUGAUCACGCUGAAUCCGAAUAUGCUAUUUUUAUUCACCGAACACCUACCCUUCAAAACCCCUCCGGGGUGAUAUGAGCUACUCUUCUUCAUGUACUUUUCUUUUGUUUUAGAGAAUCUUCUUAAACCACAUUUUAUUGAUGGCUAUGAGAAAUAUUUAAUAGUUUAAGAUCAAGUAGAAACAGAUCAAUUUUAUCAAGAUGAUAUCGAAGAUGGAAAUGAAGGGACACGAACUCAAGUACUAUUUGUUUUGAAUUCUAUCUUAUUUCACAGUGUCUGUAAUUUUUGCCUACACUGAUAGAAAUGAAUUGAUGAAAUUUUAGACUACCACCAACGCUCCUCAACGAAUAUCGAACAAAUAUUUUUCAAUCACUACUGAUGAUGAUAACGCAAUCAGAACUGAUAGAAUGACAAAUGUAUUAUAAAUGAAAUCCAAAAAAGAAUGGUAGUACGAUAUAUUCAAAGUCGAUCGAUCACAAGUUGAUGUAAGUUUCAUGAAAAGAAAAUAUCUUUUUUUUGUUUUUAAUUUUCUUAUAUAUGUAUAGACUGAACUUUUGGGGUGAAUUUAAAUUAUUUCAAGCAUUUUUAAAUGAAUGUGAAUCAAUUGGUAUUUACUCCAAGUCUUCAUGUUGUAGUACAAGAGCAUCUUUACCUAAAUGGGUUAAAGGUAUUGAUUAUUUUCGUAUGGAUGUCUAUAAUACAUGA